CUGACACCAGCGUGGCCUCUGCGAGCUGAACAUCGCGGUCACAGGGGGACGCUUGGUCUCGCGUUACUCGGACGUCCAGCGGCCGUCUAGUGAGGACUCGACACGCACGAGCCACAGACACGAGCCCAGCAUGGUGCAGCUGUGUCUGUCCCCUACUGAAGAUGUCCCCACCCCACCUGAGCACUCAGGGGAGGGCAGUGAAAGGCAGGAAGACUGCAUGAUGGCUGGUGACCCAAAAGUGGAGCUGACCACCUUGCAGCUCAACCUGGAGGCCUCCACUAUCUACUAUGGUUAUGAAGCCUACAUAGAAGAUGGCCUUAUCUGCCUUAAAAACAAAGUCCGCAACUUGGAGAAAAAAAAGCUGAAACUGGAAGACUACAAGAAAAGGCUGGCCAGGAGUGAGGCACUUAACAAAGAUCAAAUGGCGGCUGUGGAAAAGUAUGAGGAGGUGUUGCAUAACCUGGAAUUUGCUCAGGAGCUACACAAAACCCUGGAUGACUUGACUCAGACUUUGCUGAGAGCCCAGAAGAAGGCAGUGAAAAAGGAGCAGGUGGCAAAGGUGGAGGUGGAGAGGAGGCGUCUGGGCACAGUGCUCCAGAUACAGAAUCUUCUCCACAGCCUGCAGCUUGAGCAUAUCAGGAGAGACUUGCUGGCCGGACACAAUCAGGCACCCCACAUCUCAGCCCAGCAGCUGUGCAGCCUAGGUCAGCUUGCCACCCUGCUGGGAGUCAAGAGGGAUAACAAACUGAAUUUAGGGGAGCAGAUGGAAAAAGCGGCUGUGGUGUACUUGGACUUGCUGGAGGGGAGAGACAAGCCAGUUGCUGGAUCCACAUUUAAGCUGUUGAAAGAGGAGCUCACCAGGCUGUUAAACUGCAAAUACUUCAGUUGUCUUCUACCCAACAAGACUCCCGAGGUGUUACCGAGCAAAAUCAGCCACAGCACCAUAUCGAAGUCAAAACGAAAUGAAACAGAAGUUUCUAAGGAGAACUGGAGGGAGGACUUGGAGGCCAUAAAAGAAAGGGAGCCUCUUGACAACUGGGAUAUGGAGCGCACAGUCCACAAACCAUGGAGAGGAGCUGCUACUUAUAUCUACAAAGUCCCCACGAAGAAACGCUCUGACUGCAAACAGAAAAAAGAGAGGAAAGUCAAAGGAGAGCAAAAUGCCAAGUUGGCAGUACAUGUGGACACGCCCGUGGUAGUUUUUAACUCUCCGUCUACCUUACCCAAAGACCCCAUCCUGAGGAAGCAGCACCUGGAAGACUUCAUGACAAAGAUCCAUGGCUCCUUCACUUUCAUGCAGGACUCUGUCCUUGAUGGUGAGAGCCCCCCUACUAAUGGCCACCCUGGACUGAAGAGACAGCAAUCUGGAUUGCCGUCUCCUCUGGUAGUUCAGACAGACUUGAGAAGCCCAGCUGAUGUCCUGCUCAAAGCAAUUAAUUCCACCCCGCUGCCUACUAGGCUUAUGGAGCACAAAGCCAGUCUCACCAGUGGAGUUCGGUGCAUGGAGUCUAGUAACCUGGAACUUUCCUCAAAGGACACACCUCAUGUAAGAAGCAACACAUUGGAGCCACUUCAGUUGUCUGAUAAGAAGGCAUUUCCCUCACCGCCACUGUACCACAGGGAGUCCAUAAUUUCUGUCUGCCUGGAUGAGAUGAGCCAUCCUCAUAAACCUGUUGCUGAGCUUACCCCAUUACAUAAGCAUUGUCCAUGCAGUGGGGUGGGAUCUCGCACCCCUGCCACCCCUCAGGGCCAGACUUUCUCCACACCCCCCACCAGGAGAACCCUCACCCCUGCACAAUUUCAGGACAUCCAUUCAGUCUUCAACAUGACUACAUCCUCACCCCAGAAUGGGGAACUGAACUACAAACCAGAAUCUGUAGAUUUAUUUGAGUGCAGGUACAGUACUGCCAGUACACAAACACCACCUGAGUUUGCUCCCUCAGAAGAUGAACCACAGCCUGUGCACCAGACAGAUUAUAUUGUGGGAAAUGGUGUGCAGAUUUUCCUGUCCCCUGGCCGGUCAGAAGGAAGCAUGUGUCGACCUGGUCAAUACUACACUAGAGGAUCGGUGAGAGGAGGAUCCUACAUUCCCCAGGCUCAUUUCAGGGAUUCUGGUCCUCUUCGCUAUGCUGUAAGGGACUCUGGAUACCAACACAAAAAUGGAGGAGGGAGGCAUAACACCAGUGCAGCAUGGAGUGAUUGUUCCCAGUUGAGUAGCCCAGACCGGGAGGGAGCCUUCACCAUUGUUGACUCUGGGCUAGGUGACUCGUCAGUCUCCACUGUGGAGGUCUCACUUACUCCCCACAGCCAACACCACCCUGCACUGUUACCAAUGCAACUCUACCCACUCUCCCAGCCUCUGCAAGUUGCUUUCACUGCCUCUCGCACUGCCAACUUUGCCCCAGGUAAUCUGGACCAGCCUAUUGUGUUUGACCAGCUACACAGCAAUCUGGGGGAGAUGUACGACACACGUAUCGGCCGUUUCACCUGCCCUGUCAAUGGAACCUAUGUCUUCAUCUUCCACAUUCUGAAGCUCGCUAUCAACGUGCCACUCUAUAUCAACCUCAUGCGCAACGAAGAUGUGAUGGUUUCGGCAUAUGCCAAUGACGGAGCCCCAGAUCAUGAGACGGCCAGCAACCAUGCCAUCCUGCCUCUCUUCCAAGGGGACCAAGUUUGGCUUCGGUUGCAUCGUGGCGCCAUCUAUGGCAGCACCUGGAAGUAUAGCACUUUCUCUGGCUUCCUAUUGUACCAAGAAUGAACUGCUUUCAGUUAAACAGUCCUCCCAAUGUGUAGGGUGGUUGAUUUGCACUGAAUGGUGAUUAAACUGACAUUUUAGUGUUAUGGUCAGGCUACAUACAAGUGUGCUUUUUUUUUUUUUACCAUAGACAAAGUGUCAGCAGCCAGAUCAUAUGUGUAUUCCAGUUAACAACUGCAUUUAAAUGGGGAUUAUGAUUACUUGACUUAUCAAAGGUACCCGAUUGUCCACGAAUGACUACUUCACGGUGGUUGUGCGCAAUUUGAUUGCGAUACUAGUACAACUGGGUGUUGAGCAUAUCAUCUUGCUGUUGCACUUCACUUGUUCAGUCAUUUGCUUCAGUGAAUAUUAGAUUUCAGUGAAAACUCUGAUGUAAUGUUAUGAAUUUGUGCCUUUUGUAAUCUGAAUGGCUGUUGACUAACAAAAUGUUAAACAGCAAAUGAAUUGACUGUAUGGCAGAGUUGUGACUAUCAGAACUCCGCUUAAUGGACUCAUGCAUUCAAUCUACCAUUGCUCUGUGAAUCUGAAAGAUUUUGUUCUGAUUGGGUGGUGGGUAUAGUGUCAAACACUUUAAACCAUAUUGUUGUCCAGAAAGAUAACUGUAAAAACAUCAAAGUGGUCCCUUCAUGUUAAAUAAAAUAUGAGCAGUA